CGAGGCGCCGUGGAGACGCUUCAUGGCUCAUUGUGCGGGCUGGAAAAUGGUGGAUUCCAGCGAGAAGCGCUUCCCCCGGCUGGACCUGCUGUCAUAGCCCGGAGCUCGGUGGCGUUUCCCCGCGGAGGUCGUGUGUUUUUUUUAGAUAGCCCCCCCCCCCCCCUCCACAGUUUCGAGCCUUUCUCCUGUUUUAGAUUCAUGUCGGAUUGUGGACGCGGCGCGACGCCUCGGCCCUGCGCUCCGUGACGCGAACAUUUGGAGACAAUAAACUGUCGGAUUUAACCGAACCAUGGAUUUCAACAGCGGCAGCGGAGGAGGAGGAGGAGGUGGUGUUGGAGGAGGUGGAGGUGGAGGAGGAGGAAACGAGCUGCACAACAACCAGUUCUAUCAGUGCGAGGAGAACAAGCCGCUGCUGGGGGAGAUGUCGGAGGGCAACAACAACACCAAGCCGGGCGCGGGGCCGGGCAAGAGGAGCCUGCUCCACUGCAGCAGCAGCGGGAUGCGAUACAAGCUGCUGCACGAGGGCGACAUCCAGGUGUGCGUGGUCAAGCACCCGCGCACCUUCCUCAGCAAGAUCCUCACCUCCAAGUUCCUGCGGAGGUGGGAGCCGCAUCACCUCACGCUCACAGACAGCGGCCUGACCUCGGCCACGCCCACCGGUUACAUGGAGACGUCCCUGUCCUACAGCUCCAUCGAGGACCUGCAGCUGCUCUCGUGGGACAACGCUCCAAAGUACUGUGUCCAGCUCAGCUUCCCCGGAGGCACCGUCCUGCUGCAGGCUGCAAACAGCUACUUAAGAGACCAGUGGUUUCACUCCCUGCAGUGGAAGAAAAAGAUCUACAAGUACCGGAAGGUCCUGAACAACCCGAGCCGCUGGGACGUGGUGCUGAAGGAGAUCCGGGCGCUGGUGGACAUGGCUCUGACCUCACCGCUGCAGGACGAGUCCAUCCACCAGGCUCCGCUGCACAUCAUCUCCACACUGCUGGCUGAGAACUCUAACCUCAGCCCUCAGGAUCACGAGAACAUCAUCGUGGCCAUCGCUCCUCUUCUGGAAAACAACCAUCCACCUCCUGACCUGUGCGAGUUCUUCUGUAAGCACUGUCGGGAGCGGCCGCGCUCCAUGGUGGUGAUCGAGGUGUUCACCCCGGUGGUCCAGAGGAUCCUCAAACACAACAUGGACUUUGGGAAGUGCCCUCGCCUGCGUCUCUUCACUCAGGAGUACAUCCUGGCUCUCAACGAGCUGAACGCUGGGAUGGAGGUCGUCAAGAAGUUCGUCCACAGCAUGCACGGGCCAACGGGGCAGUGCCCUCACCCACGUGUUCUGCCAAACCUGGUGGCUGUGUGCCUCGCCGCCAUCUAUUCCUGUUAUGAGGAGUUCAUCAACAGUCGGGACAACUCCCCCAGCCUGAAGGAGAUCAGGAACGGCUGCCAGCAGCAGAACGACCGAAAGCCUCCGAUGCCGCUUCGCCUGCUGCGCCCCGAGCCCGCCAUACCGCCUCCCGCCACCAUCCUCCCCCUCUCCGCCAACCCCAGUCCUCCUCAGCCGCCUCCCCCCACCCCCUCCAUCACCUCCCCGACACCCACCCUGCCCCUCUCCCCUCCCCCCUCCGUCGUCAACUCCAGCGAGAUCCUGGUGGAGCUGGAGCGGAACAACAACUCGACCAAUGCCAGGCGGAAGGGGGGGCCACCGGGGGGCGACAGCGAGCCCAACCUCAUCGACUGCCUGCUGGUCAGCCCGGCCGUCAACACUCUGUCCAUCCAGCUGCCGGCGCAGGCCGACCGGGUGCUGGGCUGCUUCGCCCUCAUCCUCAAGAUGCUGUCAGACUACGACGACUGGAGACCGGCUCUCGCCAGUCUGCUGCAGCCCAUCCCCUUCCCUAAAGAGGCCCUCGCUCACGCCAAAUUCACAAAGGAACUGAAAUACGUCAUUCAGAGGUUUGCAGAGGACCCGAGGCAGGAGGUUCACUCCUGUCUGCUGAGUGUGCGCUCGGGGAAAGACGGCUGGUUCCAGCUCUACAGUCCAGGAGGCGUGGCCUGCGAUGACGAUGGGGAGCUGUUUGCCAGUAUGGUUCAUAUCUUGAUGGGCUCCUGCUACAAGACCAAGAAGUUCCUCUUGUCUCUGGCUGAGAACAAGCUGGGCCCCUGCAUGCUGCUGGCCCUGAGGGGAAACCAGACCAUGGUGGAGAUCCUGUGUCUGAUGCUGGAGUACAACAUCAUCGACAACAAAGACACACAGCUGCAGAUCAUCUCCACCCUGGAGAGCACGCAGGUCGGCCUCCGCAUGUACGAGCAGCUCUGUGACCGCCAGAGAGAGCUGAAGGAGCUGCAAAGGAAAGGAGGCCCCACCCGCCUGACGCUGCCGUCCAAGUCCACGGACGCCGACCUGGCUCGUCUGUUGAGUUCAGGUUCCUUCGGGAAUUUGGAGAACCUGAGUUUGGCCUUCACCAACGUCACCAGUGCCUGUGCCGAGCAGCUCAUCAAGCUGCCUUCACUCAAACAGCUCAACCUCUGGUCCACACAGUUCGGGGACGCGGGGUUGAGGUUGUUGUCCGAGCAUCUGGCCUGCCUCCAGGUGCUGAACCUGUGUGAGACUCCGGUCACUGAUGCUGGUCUGCUGGCUCUCAGCUCCAUGAAGAGUCUGUGCAGCCUGAACAUGAACAGCACCAAACUCACAGCCGACACAUACGAGGACCUCAAGGCCAAACUGCCCAACUUGAAAGACGUUGAUGUUCGGUACACUGAGGCCUGGUGAUCAGCCACGCUCACACACACACACACACACACACACAUGAACACACACACACACACACACAAACACACACACACACACACACACACACACACACACAGGCUCAGAAACAUAACAUGACACUUUGUGCGACGACAUCAUCGCCAUCCAUCACCGCAGCGUGAGGAUCAUGUGAUGUGAGCAGAAACGCCUCUGACCACCAGGAGGAGGAGUCUUCGUCGGCUUGGGACGCCACCCCCCCCCCCCCCUGUAGCGACGCCAUCACUGGGAAGGAACUGCCUUGCUUUUUGUUUUCUGAGUGAAAAGUCCUUCUGGACCUCAUCGUCUGUCCCCAGCGUCCUGAGGACCUCGUUGUAAGUGAUCAGAGGACGAGCCAGCACCCGGUGUCCUGAGACCCUCCUCUCUCUCUCUCUCUCUCUCUCUCUCUCUCUCUCUCUCUCUCUCUCUCUCUCUCUCUCUCUGCCUUUACCCAGACCCCUCAAUCCACCCCGCCGCCAUCAGCCUCCCACUCUCUCUCCUGCCCCCAUGUGGUGAAGGCUGGAUCCAGCAGGACGCAUUCCAGUUGGUCUCCCAUCCCAUCCCCGGCGUGCUGUAGCCCCCCCGAGCAGACGCAGCGGCGUUGAACCGUCACCUCAGUCCCUCGCUCUUCUGCUCGUCGGCCUCAGCUCUUCAAAUCCGAUUCCAGCUUCUUCAAGUCGCUCAUUGGGAAAACAAGGUGCUACCUCCCAGAAAAGACGAGUUGCCUAUUCCUCGAACACAUUCACACACGAUAAGGAAAAAAAAAACAGAAAAAAAAGUUUUUAUCAACUUGAAUGAACAUAUUUUUCCAGACAUCUGUGCUUUCAUAUAUUGUGUGUUUCUAUAUAAACAUGAAGACAAACCCCAGCGCUGACAUUUCAGACACGUCUCUGGAGGAAAGUGAACCAGAGAAGUUUCCUCUCCCGUUUGUUUCCAGUGUAAAUACUGACGAUCUCCCAUCGCUAUUUAAUAGGACCGUUGUUGUAGCAGUAGCUGGGCGGUCUGGGACUGCCUGAUGAGUUGUGUCUUUCAAACCUCCUUGAUUCUGUCUCUCCUGGUUCGUCCUGACGCCUCAGAGCAUCAUGUGACACGAGGAGCGAGGUCGGGCGCUCGUACGCGGAUCUCUCUGCUCGUCGGUGGUACCGCGUCGGACUCGAACACGGGCCCAUCACCAGCUGAGAGUUGUAUAUUUUCAUAUCCUCUGCUUUUCUUUCUCUUUUGUACAGACGGUUUUUUGAAAAGAAGAAUGGACACUUGCCAAACGUCUUCAUCUGGUUUAGAUUUGUGUUUUGUGCACUUGCUUCAUCCGGCCAGCGUGAGCGCUGUUUCAGUUCUGACCGAUCUGAGGGAACCUGUCGUGGAGAGACCGUAGACUGUGAACAAAGAUGGACGACGCGUCUCCGCUUCCUCCCUCCAUCCAGAAACGAAGCCAAAAUACCAACGCUGCCAUCGUCGAGGUCCCGCCCACUAAUCAGGAGUCUCAGCUGUCACAUGACAUCUCAGCGCAUUUUUUUUAUAUUCAAAUAACUAAUUAAAUCCAAACGUAUCAGAAACUUCA